GUGUACAGUGUACGAGACGACGAGUGGUGAGCAGCAGCAGCCAACACUUUGUGUAUUUUCUAGUUGACUGUUGGUUUCGUCGCGUUUGAAAAUUCUGCGGAUAUAGUGCAAAAGUUGUGCGUUUGUAAGCAAAUCGUGUGUGAAUUUGUUCGGAAGCUUGUGGAGUGCGUUUUUCGUGUGUUUUCCAUCGAUUUCCGAUGCUAGAAGUAGGUGAAAAUUACGUUUGGAAAAAGUGCAAUGUUGUUGAGUUGAGUUGUGUAUGUGCUUGAUGUGCCCAGCGACAACGUCGACAAGAGGAAAUGAUUACACAAUAUCGGUGGUGGUAUCUUGGUGGAAUUUGUGCAGCUGAUGCAUUCAGAUGAAAGAACCCCAAUUCCAGUCAUGAAACGAAUCAAGUGAUAGAAGAAGUGCAUACGUAAACGUAAUCAACAUAGCUGAAAAUAGUAAUCCUUUUGUGAAAGAAGAACAGUGUGAGAAGCCCCUGGUAUAAAUAUCGAUUUCGGUUCUGAGAGGCAAGGAAAUUUGAAUUGUUCCCAAAGUGUGUCCGUGCGCCAGCAGUAGUGUUUUUUUUCUCGGUGUGUGCUAUAAAUGUGUGUGGGAGUAGUGAAGAGGAGUACUAUUUGUGCCGCGCUUGAAAGACGCGAAGGAAAUUUCCAAGAUUGGUGACAACGAGUAGUUCGCAGCUCUCUUUCUUGCAACUGGAAAAUUCCCGGUUUUGUUAGUGUGUUGGGAGAAAGGUCAGUGAAGGAAGUCAAAGUGCAUCGUCACGAUAUUUUCGGGGUGAAGAAAACAUAAAACAGGAUCUCCUCGUACUUCCACCGGGGAACACAAUGUGUGAAUCGCAACCGUAGAAAGGUUAUUCAAGAAAGUAAUAGUCGUCCGUCAAACCAAACAGCAACUGCUCCAGAGUGGUGUAGUGUUGCAGUUUAUCAGGAAGAGCUCGCGAACACACGAAACAAAACAUCUCAAAGGUCCGAAACUAAUACAAUUUUGAUCGUGGAGAAAUCUUUGUGGCGCUGAGAGCAGUCUACUCCUGGAAUAGUCGUCGUACAGGUCCCAGACGUAUCAUACAAGAUGGGCAACUAUUUCAGUGAAACUCUUGGGGAAGACAAUAAUGGCGGUAUACAACCUGAGGAAUCGCAGCCGCAAGACACUAAUGGCUGUGCAGAACCUGAGGAAUCACAGGGGCAGGAAAAUAAUGACAGUUCACAACCCAAAGAAUCUUUGCCGCAAGAUGAUAACGACUGCGCACCGCCUGAUGAAACGUCGCCGCAGGUCAAUACUAGCAGUGCACCUAAACCUGAAGAAACGCAGCCGCAAGUCGAUAACAGCAGUGCUCCUCCUGAGGAAUCAGAGUCGCAGACCAUUUCCAACAGUGCACCAUCUGCGAAGCCACUGCCACAAGUCAACGACAGCGGUGUACCUUCUACGGGAUCACACCCUCAAGUCGUCGCCGUCAAAAAGAACAUGGAAGGUUCAGGCGAUGGGUCACCUCAGUCAUCAAUGUGCAUGGUGAAAGCGGCUGAGCUGUUUCCAAAGCCAGUCAUCGAAAAGGAAGAUGAGUCGCUAACCGUACAGUUCACCGAACUGGCCGGCGAAUCCGUCAGAUAUCUCGGUCACACAGAUGAUGGCGUACUCGCGCUAUCCAAUUACCGUUUGUUCCUGGCCAAAAGUUCGACCGGGGCGGAAAUGUCCGUCCCGCUGGGACUAAUCGAAUCCACGCAGAUCCGCGAUCUGUUCCAUCUGAUCGUCAGCUGCAAGGAUGCAAGCACAGUAAAAUGCUCAUUCUCGACAUCGGAACAGUGCGCCGAAUGGCAGCGACGGAUAUCGCUCUGCAUCGGGGUUCCGGAGACGCUCGAAGCACUGUUUGCCUUUCCAUUCCACGCGUGGGCUUCAGAGCCACCGUUCAAGCAGGACCCCACGUGGUACGAUCGCGUCCAGCGGGUCAAUCUGUACGAUGACGAUUUUCGCAAGGAUGUCCAGCGGUUGCAGUUCGAUCUGCGAGGAGCUUGGCGGAUUAGCACUGCCAACUCGGACUUCCAGCUGUGCAAUUCCUAUCCCAAACUACUGCUCGUUCCAGCCUGUAUCUCGGAUGAUACGCUUGAGAAUGUGGCCGGCUUUCGGAGUUCACGACGAAUCCCAGCGGUGGUGUGGAGACACGAACAGACCGGGGCAGUGAUUGCCCGCAGCAGUCAACCCGAGGUUGGUUGGCUUGGCUGGAGAAAUUCCAAAGAUGAACAACUGCUGAAGGCUCUGUCGGAUGCGUGCGCGUUCGACCGCGGAACGCAAGGUACGAGAACGCGACAUAAUUCCACGGCAUCGAGCGACAGCAAUCCUCCCAGUCCGGAGGGGAGCCACGAAGAGGUGGAAAUGGAGGAACCGAAGAAAAUUCUGAUCGUAGACGCGAGAUCGUACGCGUCGGCCGUUACAAACAGGGCCCGUGGUGGGGGCUGCGAGUGUCCCGAAUAUUACCCGAGUGCGGAUAUCCAGUUCAUGAAUCUCGGCAAUAUACACGCGAUUCGGAGAAGUUUCCACGCACUGCGGGCCCUGUGCUCGCCGCAGCCGGAUGUGCCGAAUUGGCUGAGUUCUCUGGAGCGAACCAAUUGGUUCCAGCACCUGUCCGGACUGUUGACGGCGUCGAUGGUCGUCUGUCACGCGAUCGAGCGCUGCGGUCGGCCAGUGUUGGUACAUUGUUCCGAUGGGUGGGAUCGCACGCCACAAAUCGUUGCAACUGCACAGCUCUGCCUGGAUCCGUAUUAUCGUACCAUCGAGGGAUUCCGGGUGCUGGUUGAGCGAGAGUGGCUUAGCUUCGGACAUAAGUUUGCUGAUCGUUGUGGUCAUGGGCCUGGCUCGGGCGACACGAACGAGCGGUGUCCAGCGUUCCUGCAGUGGCUGGAUUGCGUGCAUCAAAUCCACCGACAGUAUCCGUGUCACUUUGAGUUCAAUCUUGCCUACCUGAUUAAACUAGCGCAACACUCGCAUUCAUGCCUGUUCGGGACGUUCCUUUGCAACACGGUCAAAGAGCGGUUGGAGAACAGCGUACCGGAUCGGACCUAUUCGGUUUGGCCCUUCCUCUCGAAUGCCAUGUAUAGGAACCAUCUGUACGUAGCCGGGCGGGAGCGUGUUCUCUGGCCCGCGCACAGUGUGCGUGACAUCAAACUGUGGACCGAUGUUUAUCUGGGCAGUUGGGGUGGCAACCAAAGUUCAGCUGACUAUCCGGCGAACGCGGAAAGCUUACAGGAACACAGCGGGUCAAUGACGAAAACGCGUUCCUACGGGGAUCUGAUGAAGGGAGUAAACGCUAGCGGUAUGGCAAGAAGGUCAAGCGAUCCUAACAUGGUGGUUGAACCAAGCAUCAUGACGGGAGCGUUGAAUAUAUCCCAGGAAAACUCCAUCGACUCGAACAUAUCGGACCGGGAGAUUUCACCCGAUCUGAUCGAUCGCUCGCUGGCGGAGAUACAGCACACCACUCAGAAGUUGCAAAGCCUCACCCAAGACCUCAACCAGUCCGACGAAGAGCUGGAGAACAGCAUUAAAAACACAAAACGUAGUGGUCAGCAGCCGACCCUAAGGGGGGCAAGUGGGCGUGUCGGUUUGGCAACUGGCACAACAGCAACCGCAGCAACUACGACCGAAAGCAACAACGCAUCUAGUCUCUUUAUCAAUGGAAACAGCGAGUGUUACAACUUUCAACCAAUCGUUCCUGAGAAGCUGACGUCGUCGGUAGCCCCUGGGUCAGCCACUCCGUCACCACCACCACCACCACCACCACCAGCUCCGCAGAACCAAAGGCAUCUGCAUCAUUUGGUGGACGAGAUCGACGAGAACACGUCCCGAAUCGUCAAGAUCGAAAGCUACCUGGGCGAUGUGGUCGACGGACGGCAUCACGGUACCGCCACCGUGCGGGCGGUAGCAAAGCCGAUUGCGGUCGCUGAUGCGGCCACCGGUCUGCUGUCGGCCGCCGAUAUGAUGGAGAGUGUAGACUUGAGCGGAAAAUCACCCUCGCCCCCGACUGUUCCCCUUGCGAUUCCGCAGCACAGCACCGGCGGAAACUUGUGGCACGGUUCGGUCGAAACUAGCACCGACACCUUGGUUCCGCUGGACCAAUACUCGUCACCGAAGCGUAUCAUUCAGCUCAGCGAAAGUAGCGCCGAGGAGCCCGACUGCAACCUGGAGAAUAGUAUUAGUUUAGCCCUAGUUAGCAAUGGUAAACAUGACCACAAAGACUUGAAAGUUAGUAAGGAUUUUGAGACUAGUACUGCAACAGCUACUCAGACUGGUGAUAGUAACGGAUGUGAUCAAUUUAGUGAUAGUAAGGAUUAUGCUAGGAAUACACUCAAUCAAGAUUUAACCGGAAACGAAACUAAUCAAAACGCGACACCAAAAGAGCAGACAGAUAGUCGAAUGGGAAGCGUGCGCUCCGCUGACUCGGUGUCACCACCACAGGGGGCGCUUCUAGCGAAUGGCAUCAGCAAUAGCAAGCUGAAGAAUACGCCGAACGAGAUGGAGGAAAGCAUCAUCAUUCAGCCACAAUUCCGACAGUUGGAAAUCAACGGCAAAACGUCUACAGACGUGCAGCAGCAGCAGCAGCAACAGCAAGGCUCUUCCUAUCAGUUCCAGGCACCAACCGGAUUGCCACCGUACCCACAACAUGUACCAUCAUCGCACUAUCAACCACAAAACCAACGACGAAGACGUAAUUCAUCCAACUCGAAGAACGAUAUGAGCCCCAACAAACCUACUAAUGGAAGUGUAUCCCCAAGUGCCACAAACAAUUCUCGCUUCUCGACGCCUGGCGCCCGCUCACUGCCACUGACCCCGCCGAGCGUGCCAUUCCCUGCCGAGCGUCCGCCGUUUGCCGCCACGUCCUGCCCGGAUGGUUUGGCCCACGCCCUGUCGGAACAGAACCUUCGGCUGCAGCAGAUUGUGCACGAUCACAGGGUUAUUACCAAACAACACUUAAUUCGCGAGGAAGCCCUCCACCGGGAACUGCAGGCCGCACGGUUAGAGCUGCUGAAGAAAACCUGCGUUAACUGCAGGAAUCUACAUUUUAGUAACGAAGAUCCGGUGUACGCUUACCGUGGUUGUGACGAAGAAGGCUCUAGGGUAGAACCAAACAUGCACAUUAUCUCCACCAGUAAACUUCCUAACAGCAUAGGCUCGUCGUCGUACACUAGUAGCGCAAUGAUGACGAUGAUGAUGGUGAUGUUGACGACGACGUCGGCGGCGGCCAGAGGGAACCGGGAUUGUAGCGAAAAACUGGCAGUUGAAGAGUUUGAAAUCGGCCAUUCGACGGUGAGGCAAGAGCAUCAUCCUCGGGAACGUUUGGUUCGCAGUGAACGGUUGUGUGCCGUAACGCGUAAACUGCUCGAAAAAGUUCGAGCCAAACGGGGUUUCCCUAGACAAUGUAGUGCCGGAAUAGUCGGGUAUGACGAUUCCGAUCUCCUGGUGAACUCCAUGGUUGAUUCGAUGAUCGAGAAUGCCUCCAACUGUUCGUGGGAGGCCGUGGAUGAGCGUAGCGCUCCCUCGUCGGGGGCCAACUCGUCGCAGCAAAUUGCCUCCAGUGUGCUUUGGGUUCCGGAUCAUGCCGUGUCGCGGUGUACCACCUGUCAGACGGAAUUUUGGCUCGGUCGGCGGAAGCACCACUGCCGGUCUUGUGGACAGAUUUUCUGCGCUGAUUGCUCCGAAUACUCGGCUCCUCUGCCAGACGAGAAACUGUUCCAACCGGUGCGGUUAUGUGCUCCCUGCUACCAGAGCGUCAGCGAGCGGAUGACCAGCAGCCAACAGUCGGCAGCAAACGGCAGUAGCAUAAACUUAGGCAACAGUCAGUAUGGCGACAGUGGCAUGAAUGGAAGUGUCCUCGUAACCACCACUAAACAGCACAAUGCACCAUCUUCCGCGACAACGUCAUCAGUUCACGUAGCAAAUAAUAAUUGCGUCUCGGCCGCCUUGUUGAGCUCGAUCAAUACCGCCUCCGCGAGUAGUCUACCGAGCAACUUAGAAGCAAAUAGCAAACAACAUGUCUCAGCUACGGUCGCCAGCACAUCGUGCAGCGCCAGUGCUAACAGCAAUACGGACCGAGGAACUUGCAAGACUACCACAGCAACCAACUAACUUCAACACCAUACCGCAAUCAUCCCUCUCUUACGUAAGUCCCUGUCGUUUCCUAUUGUUUUGUGUUUGAUCAAUCGUUGACUAUCAUUUCUUUCAUUCAAGAGGUAUAUAUUUUAUUUGAUUGUAACGCGACUGUUUUGUUUUUUUUUUUUAUAAUUCGUACGACGAGGGUCACCUGAGACGACUGAAGUGUCAACAAAUGUUGUUUUAUAUUAGAAGCAAAAUGUAUCAUUCAUAAUUCUCACAAAAAAGAAGAAAGAACCACAUCUGGAUCGUUAAAUGUACUGCUACAAAAGAAAGCUUUUUUCCGCAGAAAUACAUGAACCUAUUAUAUAAUGUUACAAGUGGUAUAAUAUUGAUAUAAACGUCAGCAAAGCUACUAAAAAUCACCGUGGACAAUACACAAAAAAAAACAUAUUGUCAAACAAAUCGCAUAUGUAGCUGCAAACACAUGAUAGAUAACAAAAAAAAAACAAGAAGAAAAACUGUUAGGAAGAGAGCUAUAAAAUCACACAGUUGUAUACAUGCAAACUAUUACUAGUAAUAUAUUAGAUUAACUGAUUGAGUGAACGCUAACUGUAAGACGGGAA